AUGGACGUGCUUUCUCCGCGUGCAAUUUCCGAACUUAACGCCUCUACACAGGCACAGGCACAGGCACAGGCACAAACACAAUCUCAACAACAAACGACAGCACACCCGGCUACGAACCCCGCAUUGCAACAGAACGAACCUUCUGCGACACAGACUGCGCCCGACGCAAACCAUCCACCAAGAGGACCGAGGGGAAGCCGAAGAGGGGCGAGAGGCGCAGGCGCACAGUCGAAUGGAGGCCGACGACAUGGUCAAGCACGCGGCGGUGCUGACCACUCAGCGGUCACUACUGGGGGGCGAAGAUUCGAGGGUCGACUGACCAAAUCAGAGCAGUCAGAGGAGACUCAAGAUGUCGAUCCCCAGAGCGCAGGCGCGGAGGACAUUGCUGGAUUGAGAGCAGAUGCGCCAGCAUUCGUCCCAGGAGGGCCAGCCGGAGAACUACCUCGACAAAGUGGACGUGCUCCUGCGAGUGGAAAGGGCAAAUCGAAAGCGAAAAACCCAAGCCAGCCUCGAUCCGCGCCCCCUCCUCCGCCUGCGCCCAAGAUUACGACGAAAUCAUCGGCACCGGACAUUGCCACUCGAAUCCACGAAGACAUCGCUCACAACCUCUACGAAUGUCCGAUAUGUACAUCUGAGUUGGGCAAACGGUCUCGUAUCUGGUCCUGCGGAUUGUGCUGGACGGUUUUCCACUUGAGCUGUGUGAAGAAAUGGUCGAGGAACGAAGGCGCGGCGGCUCAGGAUGCGGCGCGUCGCCGGGGCGAGGAGGGCGAAAGCAACGCUCCUCGUGCUUGGCGCUGCCCGGGCUGUAAUCUGCCGCAUGAAGUGUUUCCUUCCUCUUACUCUUGUUGGUGUCAGAAGGAGGUUGACCCACGCUCAUUUCCUGGUCUCCCGCCCCAUUCGUGUGGACAGACCUGCGCGCGAUCGCGAAAAGGUUGUCCACACCCUUGCGAUGCGACGUGCCAUGCUGGUCCAUGCGCUCCUUGUACUGCUAUGGGUCCGACCCAGGAUUGCUUUUGUGGGAGGAACUCAUCUACGAAGCGUUGCCAGGACACCGACUACGAUAAUGGAUGGAGCUGCGGCGAGAUAUGUGGCGAUCUGCUGCCUUGUGGUGAGCACACCUGCCCACGGCCGUGCCAUGAGGGCCUCUGCGGUGCCUGCGAGGUCAAAAUCGAUGCGCGCUGCUAUUGCGGGAAAUCGCAGUCUGAGAUGCUCUGCAGUUCCAAAGAUGAGGAGUUGGAUAGUGAAGCCCUGCGCAUCAGCGAAGACGACGGCGGGGGGGAGCUUGAAGAAUGGGUUGGAUGUUUCAGUUGUGGUGAUCAGUGCAAUCGACAGUUUGAUUGUGGGCUACACUCGUGUCAAAAGUCCUGUCACGCCCAGGAUGCGCAUCCCGCUCAUUGCCCCCGAUCGCCCGAUGUCGUGCUUUUCUGCCCGUGUGGGAAAACAUGUCUAACCGACGUUGCGGGUUUUUCGCCCCGAACUACUUGCGAAGACCCCAUUCCCAAUUGCUCGAAGCCUUGCGGGAAGUCCUUACCAUGCGGACAUUCCUGCGAGCAAGUCUGCCAUACCGGAUCGUGUGGGCCUUGUUUGCAGAAAGUCACGAUCUAUUGCCGAUGUGGCCGCAAUGACUUCCGGACGACUUGUUUCUCGGGAGACUUUGAGCCACCUCAAUGUUUCCGUAUAUGUAAAGCUGGCUUGCAUUGCGGUCGCCAUGCGUGCGCAGAGCGCUGUUGCCCCGGCGAACAGAAGGCAAUUGAGCGUCAGGCUAUCCGGCGAAAGCUCAAAUCCCAUCUUCGACCAAGCGACGAGGAUUUUGAGGCUGAACAUAUCUGUACCCGGGUCUGUGGCCGUAUGCUGAAAUGCGGGCGGCACACAUGCCCGGAGAUCUGUCACAAAGGGCCCUGUAACACUUGCAGGGAGGCAAUAUUCGAAGAGAUCUCGUGUAACUGCGGUCGAUCUGUCUUGUAUCCGCCUCUGCCCUGUGGGACACAGCCUCCAGCUUGCUCACACCCCUGUGAGCGCGUUAAACCGUGCGGUCACCCGCAGACGCCCCAUAAUUGCCACACCGACGAUGAAAAUUGCCCGAAAUGCCCGUUCUUGACAGAAAAGGCGUGUCUGUGCGGCAAACGUGUGCUGAAGAAUCAGCCGUGCUGGCUUACAGAUGCACGGUGCGGACAGAUUUGCGGCAAGCUCCUCAAGUGUGGCUCUCAUACUUGUAAGAAGAACUGCCAUCGACCGGGUGAUUGUGAAGAUGCUUCCCAGCCUUGUCAGCAAGCUUGCGGGAAGACUAAUUCGCUGUGUGGUCACCCCUGUUCUGACCAGUGUCACGCUCCUUAUCCGUGCCCCGAGAAAACCCCCUGUUCAUCCAUGGUCGCAGUAACAUGUAGCUGUGGACGACUUCGACAGGAGCGACGUUGCAAUGCAGCCAAGGCUGUUGUGACCAAGGGCCACCUCCAGCAGGCGCAGCGACUUCCAUCAGCGUCCCCGCUGGCGUGCGACGAGGAAUGCGCCCGCCUCGAGCGUAACCGUUCUCUGGCGUCUGCGCUUGGCGUCGAUAUCAAUCCGACGACGACUGUUUCUCAGGCGCUCACCUCCACCAACCUACCCUAUUCCGCUGAAACUCUCGAUAUUUACCUCCAGCUUUCAUCGUCGUAUCCUCUAUCCACUCUACAGUCCUAUGAAUCGACCCUCCACAGCCUCGCCACGAACAAGAAUCCAGCAAAUCGCUCCACCCGCUUCCAACCCGCCAAAUCUCCCCUCCGUGCCUUCGCACACUCCCUCGCCGCUGACUGGGGCUUUGCCAGUGAGAGCUUCGAUCCGGAGCCUCAUCGCCAUGUGUUUGUUCUCAAACCCACUGCCUGGACUCCCCCCCUUCUGGGGAUGGGCAACGGUACCACCAUUGGUAUUGGCGGUAUGAGCGUCGGGGAAUGCGUCAAGUUACGUGAUCGCCAACGCCUCAAGGAACAGGAAGAGCAGCGACUCGCUGCAGCGGAAGCAAAGGCCCAGCGCGAAGCUGCACGGGCCCAGCAGAAUGCGAACGGCGAGGGCGGCUGGGCGCAGGUCGCAGCUUCAAAGAGAAGUAACGGCCUUGGUAGCUCGCGGAGCAGUACGCCUGGUCUCCAAACACCUGGUGGCAGUUCUUGGUCUACCACUAUGUACUCUGCUCUUGCGGGUGACGAUGGCAGCGCCUCAUGGAAUUCCCCCGCUCCGUCCCAACCUCAAGCUAAGAAGGAGAAAUUGGUGUUGCGGUCGGGUGUGAAGCAACAUAAGCAGACAGUUAGUCAGCCCCAGUGGGCUGACGAGCAAAUCAGAGAAGACUACUUGGGGCUAAGGCCGGCUGCACCUUCCCAGCCGGCCGCUGUUCGGCACCAACUGCCUCUCCUCUAUUUAUUCCCUGGAGCGCAAUCAUCGCCUCAGCUCAAGGCUCGUGGUAUGUUAUUUCCAUUUAUUAUAUUCCGCUACUACAUGAACUACCAAGUCUCACCAAAUCGGUCCCAUCCAGACUUGAAAGUUUCAAACAAGUUAUUUAAUCGCAUCGAACUGCUUCCGCAACGAAGCAUUUCGUUUCACAUUCCUACUACUACUAUUCAUUCCGGUUCGCUCAACCGACCGUAUGAUACAGUAAUUGUUGUCUUGACCGGGAGAACUUCAAUUAGCCCCGAGGCAUCCAAUAGCUUUCUACUCUCCGGAGGAUCACAGCAUCAUAUCCCAACGCUGACUCCGGAUUAAGUUUUUAUCGAGUUUGAGUCGAGCCUAAUGCCCUCGCGCCGCAGCCACACCAAAUCCCGGAAGGGUUGCAUUCAGUGUAAGAAGCGACAUGUGAAGGUUUGCCAUUUCUAUCUCAUACUAGCUAGCCGUGGCUGUCCUUGCGUGCUACUAUCUCAAUCCCAUCUUCCCGCCAACCGGAUACCCUGGGGUUCACUCAGCGGCCGUUUA